AGUUCCUGCUUCGAAAACAUGGCGGUGUUUUGGAAAAUAGCGUAAGUUCAGUUUUGCAGUGUGUAAUAGACAAAUAUUUUUGCUGCUUUAUGCCAACUACGACUGUUACAAAAAUCGCACAGUUGUAAUCGAUUGAAUCUUUUGUAAAGCCAAACGCUUCAAGCCGUUUACUUGGAGUUUCUUGUUAUCGUUUAAGUUCGUCAUUAGUGUACAGGUGAUCUGAAAUAACGUGCACGUCGCAAUGCCCGAGGGUCCUGAGCUGUACUUGGCCAGUGUGUUUGUGAACACAGCAUGUGCAGGUGUGUUGUUCACCGGCGCUGUGGAGAAGUCAGAGGUGAAUAAAGGAGUCGAGGUGCAGUUCAGUAGCGAUUCUUACCAAAUCAGCGCCACGUCUAGAGGGAAAGAAGUGCGACUCACACUGACUCCGAUCAAAACUGACACACGAAGGGAAAGCAGAUCAGGACCGAAUCAGUCGCCUAUGGAUGUGGUCUUCCGGUUUGGUAUGUCUGGUUAUUUCAGCUUCACGGCGAAAUCAGAACUCCCAAAACAUUCCCAUCUGCGAUUUUACACCAAGGAGGAUCCUCAGAGAGUCCUGAGCUUCGUCGAUGUCCGCAGGUUUGGCAGCUGGCAGCCUGAUGGACACUGGCAGAAAGACCGAGGCCCAUGUGUCAUGUUGGAGUACAAGAGCUUCAGGGAGAAUGUUUUGUCCAAUUUGGCAGACAAAGCAUUUGACAGGCCAGUGUGUGAGGCUCUCUUAAAUCAGAAGUACUUCAAUGGAAUUGGCAACUACCUUCGAGCAGAGAUUAUGUACAGAUUAAGGAUUCCUCCCUUUGUGAAAGCAAGGACCGCAUUGGAGGGACUGAAACCACACAAUGAAAACACAAUGAACGUUAAAGAGGAGCCCAGAACAGAGUCAGAAGAGAAAGCUGCUGUGGAUGAGAAGAAAUCUGAGAGUCAAGAUCUUCUCUCUCUCUGUCACACUGUACCACUCGAAGUGGUUAAUCUGGGUGGAAAAGGUUAUGACCCACAAAAGAGAGAUUACACAGAAUUGGUUUCCUGGAUGCAGUGUUACAGUGUUGAAGGGAUGAAUUCAGCAAGAGACCAUAAUGGAAGAACUAUAUGGUUUAAGGGUGUUCCUGGUCCAAUGGCCCCUAAAGCAUCCAAAUCUCAGAAAGCAAAAAGAAAAAUAAAGAAAGGUGACAAUACAGAUACAAAGAAGGAAAAGCUUGAAAAGAAGGAAGCAGGGGCUGGAAAAAGGGUGAAGGAUGUGGCUAACAAAAGGGGCAGUGCCAGACAGCAGAAUGCUAGCAAGUCUGGACCAGAAGGAGAUGAUAACAGAAAAAGACCAAACACACGCAGUUCAACAGGGCUACAACAAACCAAAGCUGAGACUACAAGAAGACAAAAAGCUAACACUAAAGCUAAGGCCACCAGAAAACCUCAUAAGAAGAGCAGUAGAACUGCUUAGGAAUGGCUUCCUAAAAAUAAACAUGUAAUAAAUUUAAAGCAAUAAUAAGAAAAAAAAGCACAACUGCUGGAUCAACAGGCAGCUGUCUGUAUGUAUGGAAAUACUACACUGUAGAAAGAAAAUGAAACAAAUUUAGCCAUUUGGUUCACAUCAGCUAUUUCUUGAGAUGGUAAUUACCAUUUUAUAUUAACACAUUUAUGUUUUUGUUUUUUUUUAUGAAAAUAAAAAUAAAACAGUUAACCACUGA